UUCGAACGAUUUUCUCACGAUCCUCAGUAGUUGCAGAACCACCUUCGUAAGAGGACAUACGACGUCUCCACGAAGCUAUUUCGUAGUCUUAAUCCUUUAAUAUUAAGCAUGUAUACAAAGUUGAAUGUAGAGGAGAAGAAGUGUGGUUUUGUUAAUAACGUGAUAUUGAUAUCGUCGCCGAUCUGUUUCGUUUUACACACGCCGUGCGUUAGGAAAAAACUGUGGAAUUAAACUAUAUAUAUAUAUACAUACACCUAUAUCUAUAUAUAUUCAUACAUACACUCUGCAUCUUCAUAUAGAGAUAUAUUCAUACAUAUAGUGUAUGUAUGAAUAUUUGUCGAUCAAGAGUUUUCUGCGAUUAUUCGAAGCUAUAAAAAGUUUUUGUUCUUUUUGUUGACAACAACAACAGAUAAGUGCUUUAAUUCAAUAUACCUCUACGUAGUUUUUAAGAAGAAGUGACCAGCCAGGGCCAACUUGUGAUAUUAGUGAUUAAGUGAACUUUGAUAAGAGUAAUAUUUAAGUAGAAGAUAAAAAUUAUGCCUGUCAAGAUGGACAGCAUUUAUUACGAUGAUGAUGAUAUGGUUGUGGGAAUUAGCGAGAGCUUUGCGAACUUCGCGCCAAACGAACUUCUUCUGUCCGAUGAUAUUUGGAACAAGUUCGAUUGGCCUCUGGAGGACGUGCUUAACAGCUUCGAAGACUUCGGUAAUCUGGAUAGAGAAUGCUCUACGCUGUCGAGUCUGAAGAACAACAGCGAAGAAUGCGAGAUCAGAAAUCACGAUUGCAUGUGGGCAGGACACUGCGGUAGCAAGGAGCACCCCGUGGACGAGCCCAGAGCUCACAGCUUCAAGUUCAUCCCAACCGUAGCCAACAAUAAUUCGAGCAAUAAUUCUGCAUUGCUGACGACGACCACAUCAGCAUUGACGAUGAUAAAUAAGAAUUCGGCGUACUCGAAUCCAACAGGGAGAAGUCUACUGCUGAAGACGCAGAUCAAGCAACAGCAACAACAACAGAUGCUCCAACAGCAGCAGAAUGCAGAAUCCAUUAUACCGGUGUUGGAUUCCCCGCCAAAUUCCGAUGACGAAGAAGCUAAAGCCAAAACGGUGACGCUGCAGCUGCUGCAGGACGCAAUCUCAGAGUGCGACAGCGAUCUGUACGAUUACUUUGAGGACACGGAUCUGCUGCAGGUCAUGGAUGAGCAACCGAAGCCCAAGGAGACGCCGGCGCCGGUUCCAACCCAAUUCACGAGCGAUCACUGCUACCACAAAGAUAAGAAUGCCUCGAUGAGGAUGAGCAGUUUGGGCAUCGAGACUCCGUCAGAUUCAGAGGAGGAAAUCGAUGUCGUGUCCGUGGGUGACCACAAGCAGACCGUGGCGAGCAGCAGGAUGGCCUGCGUGCUGCCCAACAACCCGACCAUCCGGGACAAGCACCAGAUCCAGAGGACGAUGGCGUCCGCGAUGACGAAGAGCGGCAUCAAAACAAUGCUGCCGAGAAAGUCCGCAGCUGGUUCUGCGGAUCAGGGAAGCAGUCAGCUUCAUCAGCAACAACAGCAGCAGCAACAUCGUCACUACCAGCAGCAACAGCAGCAGGCAAAGAGACGCGCGAUGGAAUCGACGCGGGGAAUCAAGAGGGCGAAGCACAGAUCUCCGCCGUCGUCGCCGUACAAGAAGCGCUCAUCGUACAACCACAGCAGCGACAGCGAGCCCGAACCGUCGGAGAAGAGGAAUCUGCACAAUAACAUGGAGCGUCAGCGGCGGAUAGACCUGAGGAAUGCCUUCGAAGAUCUCAGGGUUUUGGUACCGGAGGUCAGCAAGAGAGAGCGCGCCCCGAAGGUGGUCAUCCUUCGCGAAGCUGCGUCCUACUGCGAUCAACUGGGCGACAUCUCCGACAGCAUGAACCGCGAUAUCGACGACCUCCGGCGGCAGCAGAGAUUCCUCCGCUCCAGAGUAUCGCAGCUCAGGCUCAGUCUAGCCUCGAAGCAUCGAUAAGCUGCAAAACUAUUAUACUAAGCAUUAAAUAAAUAAUAACUAACUAUACGUUAUACAAAAAGAAAACCUACCGCCGUCAACCCACACUGCUACAUAUAUACUAGGAGGUAGGUCUCAAACGAUAACUAUAAUAAACAUAAAAACUACAUUACAAAGACACGAAGUGGAAAAAGAGGACGCUACAAAUAUAUUAUUAUUAUUAUAUAUACAGUUUAUUUUUCCAUAAAAUGAAAACGCGAAGGGAAUUUGGAUUCGAUUUUACACAUACAUUAAUUUUAAACGAAUCGAUAUCUAUGAUUCCUUCGCGCGCUUCAAAAUUCGUCAAGAGAAAAAUAAAGUAUAUUUAAACAAAAAA